AUGGCUCAAUUACAGAACCUGACGAUUACACUCAACCUAAGUGUAUUCGAUUCAAGCAAGAAAACCCACAACUUCAUAGGACGCCUUAACACCCAAGCUGAUACGAACUUCAUUUCCCCACAAUCGGUAGAGUUCCUCAAACAUCCAGUGGAGGUCUAUCAAGGUGGAGACUUCGAUGGAGCAGGAGAUGGUGAUCUCAAACCGCGCGGGCAAGUAAGCAUCUUUCUUAGAUGGAACGAGUCGACAAAAAACAAGCUACACAAGGAGACCUUUCUCGUACUCGAGUCGCUACCCUAUGAUUUUGUUCUGGGAAACACUUUCCUCACAAAGAACGACGUUUAUGAGUCCAAUGGGAAGCUACUACCCAUGGCUCUUAAACCUUUAUCAGAGGAAGAGAAAAAAGCCUUGGAGCUUCAAGAACAGGCUGCAAAAGCUCAACAAGAAGUCAUUGAAAAAGCAGAAGCAGCCAAAAGAAAAGAAGAACGAGAGAAACAACGUCAGGCGCUCAACCAAGCCAAGAGCUAA